GACUCACUACCACACGAGCAGUUUUCCCGAGUCCCGCGGGCCCCCGUCCACGGCCAAUCGUCCUAUUUAACUGGACGAUCGAGGCGUUAAAUAGCGUCUCCGCCUUUGGCUCCCGACCGUUUAUAUCUGCACCGUCAUCCCUCCCAUUUCGGUUUUCUCCCGAAGCAAAACGGAAAGGAAAAAAGGAAGAGUUACCGAGAGAUAGAGGGGCCAGGGGAGGGGGGUAAAAUCAAGAAUAAAUUAUAACCGCACGGCAAGAACAAGGGAGGGUAAAUAAACCGCCCAUCGCCUCACCGUAAGUAUCCAGCAUCGAUCUGAUUUCCUUUUCCAAUGUACUAUCCUUGAUCUUUGGGUUCCCUAGGUCGAUCGAGCAGGUUCUUGCAUGAUCUCUCUCCAUUUCUCAUAGAUCUUAUGUUCAUUCAGUGAAAAAUAUCGAUUUCGUCGGAACGACCUGUCUAAUCUGCCAAAGCAGAAUGUAGAUAAUGCGUGUUGUACUAGAUGUCAUUCGCAUCAUGUGUGAUAGAUAACCUUUGUGAAAUCGCGCUGAUCUCAGCGUUAGGGUUGUUGGAUGUGAUUCAUUAGCCUCUGUGAUGAUGUCUUGCCCUUUGCUGUGUUUGUGCGACGAAGGUUAGGCCCGGGAGGGGAUGAUGUCCGAAAGCGAGGAGCACGGGUCGCUCCUGGAAAAGAUCGGCGACAAGAUCCAUGAGUUCAAGAAGGAUUCAUCGUCCUCGGACUCGGACGACGACAAGAAGUCGCAUAAAUCCAAGAAGAAGCACCUGUUUGGCAGGAAGCAUCCGCUCCACAACGUCCUUGGCGGAGGCAAAGGUACAACAAUGGAGAAUGCCAGUGAAAACCGAUCGAUGAAACGGACACCUAAUAAUAAUUACUACUGCCUUGUGUUCUGCUCAGCUGCUGAUCUUGUGAUGUGGAGGGACAAGCAGAAGUCCGGGAGCAUCCUGGGCGGGGUGACCGUCAUCUGGUUGUUGUUCGAGGGCAUCGGCUACCACCUCCUCACCUUCCUCUGCCACUUGCUCAUCAUCUUCCUCACCGUCAGCUUCGUCUGGUCCAACGCUGCGUCCUUCAUCAACAGGUCUCCUCCAAAGUUCCCUGAGGUCAUUUUAUCUGAAACCCAAUGCCUGAUAAUAGCUCAUGUUCUGAGGAAAGAAAUCAAUGAGGCUUUCAUCACCUUGCAAAGUGUUGCUUCCGGAAAAGACCUUAAAACAUACCUCAAGUCAAUUGGAGUCCUCUGGUUCAUUUCUAUAAUUGGGGGCUGCUUCAGCUUCCUGACUCUGUCUUACACUAUUUUCCUGAUGGCAUACACGCUCCCCAUGCUCUAUGAGAAAUAUGAAGAUGAAGUCGAUGUUGUGGGUGAGAAGGCCCUGAUCGAGCUCAAGAAGCAAUAUGCAGUAUUCGAUGAGAAGGUUCUGUCAAAGAUACCAAUGUUAGCCGACAAGAAACAGCACUGAAACUGAUGCUUUGAAGCGUUCGACACCUCCAUCAUUUCAUCUGCAGCUCAGCACAUCAGCCAAAUAGUCUCAUUUGGUUACCUCUGCUGCCAUCACCUAGCAACCUUUUAGAUGGCAUUAUAUUGAUAUUAUGCCGACUCUUAAGCAUCGGAAAUAUGUCUUUUCCAAGCCAUAGAACAGAACGUUGUCGAUGGUCACACGAAGUAGUUGCCUCUGCUUGUCAGUUUCAGUUUCAUAUUUGUUUGGUCACAAGAUACAUAUGUCAUACUAAUUUCUACAACUAUUUUCUAUGUAUGUAUGAUUUUAUACUUUAUGAUACGGAACCAUUUAGGCCA